AUGAGCGCAGGCAAACUUGAGAUGGCUACCACCACGCACCAUGACUGCCCCCAGGGCUUUGCUGAUAAUGACUUUGCUGUUGAGAAUUAUGACAACUACCCUUCCACUUUUUGCAGCUUGGAAAACGAGAAUCUCUUUCCCAGGUCCAAGUUUCCAAUGUUCCGUGAGAGGGAUACUCCUGCCUCGCACGAAGCAUAUGCGCUGCUACGACCAGCCCUCCUUCUUACGUCUCGAAUAAUAACACAAUACUCUCAGUCAUUUGCCCUCUUUGUCCGCCGUCAACACCCAGGCUCCCCGGACGCAUGGCUUGGGGCUGAUGCCGAGCUCGAACUCUCAAAGGAAGAGAUCACUCUAUGCAUCCAGCGCACUAUCCCCGAUAUCGACUUUGACCCCGAUAUGGACUCGAAUUCUUCCUCGUUUGCAACGACGACCUUGUUGCCAGACCGGCCGUCGGAUCUCAUCAUCGUGGACUACAAUCUUAUCCGACUGCUUAAGGAUUCGGCUUCGAGUGAUAGUCAGAAAAUGGCGGGGCCGGUCGACUACGGUCUGAUGGUCAGCCUUUUGAAGCCCCUGCUGGCUUAA